AUGCAAAAGAGCCGACUUCGUGAGCAUUACGAACGCACGUUGGCCGCAGAUAUGAUGUACAUGAUGUAUGAACCUGAGAGUGGAUCUACGUCGUCGAAAGAUUCACCGGCUCUUGGCGACGGCGCCCGCGAGACGGAUCGUGUGCGUCGAUGGUCGAAUGAGUCGCCAUAUCACGUAGGUCGGUCGGCUCGCGCUCAGCUGGGAAAUCGGCCGCUGAUUCCUCUGCAUAAGCCAUUGUACAUGUCAAGGCAUAUUGAACAUGAUAUCCCACGCCUUGAACGGAUUGUUUUCACAGCUUUCUGUCGAGAAGCCAUUACAAACAAGCAGGCACUGCUCCCGCUUCUUGGUCAAAUGCGCGCGAUCACAGGCUUGCCGAUUCUGGGUUCCCUCGCUGAUCCCUCAGCGGGUGACUCGCCUGAAUCAGCAGGUCCAUCUGCGCGCAAUGGCUACGUACAGGUGCUUCGUGCGAGGCAGGGCGCUGCGUCGUUCAAGCUUCGUGUGGGCAUGCCCGUUGGUGUGAAGGCUGUGAUGUAUGGUGAUGCUGCGUAUGAAUUUAUUGAGUCGCUUACGACAUUUGUACUGCCGCGCCUGCGUGGAUUUGCCGGUCUAUCGUUGCCACCAUCGACGCAACCUCUUCUUAGUCCUGCUGCGGUGAGCGGUGUUGUAAGCUUUGGCAUGGGUCCUGAGGCUAUGCCGCUUUUCCCGCAAGUGGAAAUCAACAUGGACCAAUACCCGGGCCGUCGCUAUGGCUUCCAAGUUGACUGUGUGACGAAUCAGCGUGGUCGCCGCGCUACGGAGCGUGCACGCACGCUUCUAAGUGGUUUGGGACUACCAUUCGUCCGCCGCGGCACUGUGGCUCUGUAG